AUGCAAUCUGCUAAACCUCUCAUAUUAUUCAAAAGCUCUGUUAAUGGAGAAUUAAAUUCAUCUGAUUGUGGUGAACCUUUUCUGGUUCAAGAAACAGUCAAUGAAUUACUACAAUUGACCGAUUUACUCAACAAACCAGUCAAGGUAAUUGGAGUAUGUGGUCCAAAGAGGGCUGCUAAAACUUCUCUUGCCAAUUAUCUUGCUCAAUCUGUAUCAUUUGAAGUUGGACAUUCAAUUGAGUCCAAAACAAAGGGUAUUUGGUUGUUUGUAGUUGAUAAACAAGAUCAUUCCUUAAUCAUUUUGGAUUCUGAGGGUUUUGAUGAAGCCUCAACUGCCCAAGAUCAACUCUUGUUCAUUAUCCUGUACUUUUUGUGUUCCCUCCUUGUUUUCAAUACCAGUCAUGUGCCAACAAGACAAAAUGUUCAAGAUUUACAAUUUCUAGCCGAAUUUAAAUCCAAGCUACUUGUAUCUGAAGCUUCAACCCAUAACAAAUCUGUUCAUCCAACCUUCUUGAAUUCAUUUGGUCCAAACUUUUUAUGGUUGAUUAGGGAUAAAUUCUUGAAUAUUCCCAACGAAUUUCAAGACAUGGAAGAUUUCAUGUUGAGAGUAGUCCUGGCAAAAUCAAAUGAUGGAAAGGAUCAUUUGAGAGAAAACAUUCUCACCAUCUUCAAUAGAGUCUUCUUUGAUUUUUUACCUGUACCUGGAGAGCCAUCAUUCCAGUCAAAAUUGGAACAUGUUACAAUGAAUGUUAUUUUGGCUAAUGUUCCAUUAAAAAAAUUGGUCAAUCCUGAAGAUAUUGGCGAUAGAGAAAGUGUUACUUUGGAAACAUUCCUUAAAUUGGUUGAACUUGUUAUUCAUCAAAUGACUCGAACUCUUAACAAGAUUCCAGUAAUUGACAAUAUUUUUCAUACCAUCACCUCCAAUAAGGAAAUUUACAAUUUAAAACGUGCCGUUCAAGUAUACGUUGAUCACAUGAGCAGGGAACUUGAUGAUAUUGACCCAGUUGACUAUGACAUAUUCACUGAAAUAGAUAAGCAAGCUGUUGCUAAGGCAACCAAAACCUAUUUUGAAGGAAUUCCAUCUUCAACUGCAGAUUCGAAUAGAUUACUUUCUGAUCUCAUGCAAAAGAAGAAGAGUUUCAUUGACGACCAAAAUGAAAAAUCCAAAACAUAUUGUACCUCUCUCAUCAAACAAUUGUACUCGAAAAUGGUUGCUCCCCAAGUAAAACAGUUAAUGAAUGUCAGAGGUGAUAUUUCCAUGUUGCUUGACACUAUUGAUAAAUUCAAGAAGGAAUACCAUUCGAAAGCUAAAGGAAACAUGGCAGUCUCUGUUUUGAAUGGCUAUUAUAAUCAUCAUAUUACUAAGGAUUUGAAUAAUUUGAGUUCAAUAAGAGAGUAUGAAGAGAAUGUGAAGAAUAUUAAGGAAGAAUUUUCUCACAACUUGGUUCAGUUGAAGGAAGCUGAAAAAUCUCUUGUCACAUUUGAGAACAAUAUUUCUCAAAAUACAAACUAUCAACAAAUGCUAGAAAUGCAAACAAAACUGCAAUCUGAACUCUUUAAAGAAGUGAUGAUUGCUCAGAGGGAAUCACAAGCUAAUACUCUAGUCUCCAUUGAUAUGCUCUCAAAGAGUAUGCAUGACUCUCAGAGACAAGCUCUUAGCAUGUAUUCUGCAAUGCAACAAUCUCAGCAACAAGCACAAACUCAACAAUUAGCUCUCGUUCUAGAGCAUAAUAGAAUUGCAAGUGAGCAACUUAAUCAAGCAAUGGAAAAAACUACUCAAGCAGUAAUUCAGUAUAAUGCCAAUAGAGAAGAUGAUUCUUUUUUGGGAAAGGUUGGAAAGAUUGGUUUAAUAGUUGGUUUAGGUGCUUUGGCACCUGCAUUGGGUGCCAUUCCACAUGUUGGAUCUGUCCUCUCUGCAACAGCUACAGGAAUGAGUGCAGUUAUGGGAAAGCAAUUGCUCGGACAAGAAUAUGACCCAAGACUAAUUCAAACCAAUACUACUCCUACUCCUCCAAAGGUUAGUCAUAGUCCAUCAGUCAAUCGAGACUCCUUAUUAUCUCAAUUCACAACCAAUGCUCUCUCACAACAAGUGCAUCCACAAAAUCAACAAGUAACCAACAGCCAUCAACCAAGAGCUGUUGUUAGCCAGCUGCCAAGAAAGAAUCCUAUUGUGCAACCUCAAAAAUCUUCAAUCACAGAGUCCACAAAAUAUGAAUUGGGUGGAGAGUUUAAACAAGUUGGCCUCAAUGGAUCUUAUUCCAAUACUGUUACAAAAGAUAUGUUUCCUUAUGGCUGUCAAUGGGGAUGUGGACGUGAAAAUGUUUGUUCAAAGCCAGGCCAUUCAUGUGGAAGACCAUCAUGCAAUGAGGAAAGAAAUAAGAAAUCCUAUUUCAAAGGCACACUUGGUGUAAUGUCAACAACAAGAAACAAGUUGUGA